UUACCGGAAGCACGUGAUUUCAUAGAGAGGAAGAAAACACACGGGUUCCCGCAUGUGUGCAAACUGUGCUUGCUACAUGUCGAGAAAAAUCAUUAAAAGUCAAAAUUAAAUUCAUAGUUUCCUGUAGGGACUCUGGUGUCGCUGCCGGUAAAACAAAUAAAACAAAAAAAACAUGGAGGACGUCAACGUUAUCAAGCUGCCGGUGACGGAGAAGAAACAACCGGCGAAGAAGAGGUCUCGACCACCGAAGAUAAAGUUAAACCCCGAGGAAGAAGAGGAUAUACGGCAGAGUAACGCGAAGAGGCUGUCGGUGCUGGGAGAGGAGGACACAUCGGUGAAGGCCCUGGAGCAGCUGGUGUUCGGAGCUGAGGAUGAGCUGCUGGAGAGACUCGUGGAGCCGGAGGACGAGGCGCAGACUGGAUCUCUGCUGCUGGAGGACGAAGAUGAGGAGGCGGCGGAGUCGGAGGAGGACGACGAAAACGAGUCCGGGCUGCAGCUGCAAAGAUCCAAAACAGCUGCCUGGGUGGACGAGGACGACGAGCUGGAAGAAGAGGUGGACAUGAAUCAUCGUUACCGUAGAAACCUGAUGAAAGGAGAGGCCGAGUCCACCAUGUCUAAACAGAAGCUGCAGCAGAGGAUGAGGGAGCAGUUCCAGAAGUCGAUGGGAGGAGCUCCAUCGUGGGCAGAGAUCAGUGUCCAGAAGAAGAGGAAGAAGAGAGCUGCAGAUGAUGAAGAAGACGAAGACGAGGAGGAGGAAGACGACCUGCUGAGGAGGACGGGGAACUUUGUGGCGUCUUCGGACCGUCUGCCCAGCGGCAUCCUGAGGAUGAAGAAGUGUCUCCACGCCAACAGCGCCCGUCCAUCCGACGACAAACUGACCACGGUCCAGUUUCACCCCUCCGCUCAGGUUGUCAUGACGGCGGGCCUCGACCAGUCCGUCUCCCUCUUCCAGGUGGACGGAAAGACGAACCCGAAGAUCCAGAGCAUCCACCUGGAGAAGUUCCCCGUCCACAAAGCUCAGUUCAGCGUGGACGGCGAGACGGUGAUCGCCACCAGCCUGAAGAACAAGAUGUUCUACCUGUACGACAUGAUGGAGGGACGGGUGACGCCUGUUCACACCGUCAGAGGUCUGAACGAAGCCAGAGUGAAGGAGUUCUCGGUGUGUCCUGACGGUGGCGGUCUGCUGCUCUCCGGGACCAACGGAUACUUGCACCUGCUCACGCUCAAGACUAAGGAGGUGGUCCGCAGCAUGAAGAUAAACGGUAACAUCUGUGGCGUCGCCUUCUCUCACGAUGGCGGCAAAAUCUUCACAAACUCAGAGGAGGGGGAGGUGUACGUGUGGGACGUCCGCAGCAGCCGCUGCAUCAACAGGUUUACAGAUGACGGCUGCGUGAGGGGAACGUCCAUCGCCGCCUCUCCAAACGGACAGUACCUGGCCUGCGGCUCUCAGUCAGGCGUGGUCAACAUCUACUCCCAGGAGGCGUGUCUCAACUCGACCAGUCCGAAGCCCCUGAAAGCCGUGAUGAACCUGCUGACCUCGGCGACCGCCCUCGCCUUCAACCCUUCCUCCGAGAUCAUGGCCGUCGGCUCGCGAGCAGAGGACGAGGCCGUGCGGCUGGUGCACAUGCCCAGCCUCACCGUCUUCUCCAACUUCCCCAUCGCUAAGAGGAAGUUUAUUUACCGGGCCAGCUGCCUCGACUUCUCCCCACACAGCGGCUUCUUCUCAUUGGCUAACAACAAAGGCAAAGCCCCCCUCUUCAGGCUGCUGCAUUACAAAGACUUCUGAGCAGAAACUGCGGUGGCCGAACGUCGACGGGAACAUUCAUUCAGACUUUUUCUGUCAGUAAAUCGCUACUGAACUAUAAAGACUAAAGUGGAUUUUAACAGACGAGAGCAGGAAACCAAAACCAGGACCAGAACCAAAACCAGUCUGGCACAGAGGCCGAAACACGCACGAGACGGAGGUGGACGAAGACGGUGAUGAUGACGUGACCCACGUGUUUGAUUAAUGUCAUUUCAGAAAAGAACUGAAACGUUACUAUUUGUGAUGUGAAAGCAAAAAUAAAACAUUUUCUAUUUCUGACUGAUUAAACCUUUUAUCUCAGA